CUCCGACCGGAGAAAUUCUCGGACAGAAUGGAGUACUCUGCAUUAACCGAGCAAUUUUGUAUGCACCGCAGCCCACCAGGUUGAUGCCCGCCUAAAGAUGGGUCGGAGAAAACAUCGGUCGACUGCUGAUAAUAUGUGUCAUUUUCGAGGACUAGCUCCUUAGAGGGGAUCCUAGUUUGCCCCCCUCUCCCGUAACAACCACGCCUGUUUAAGACCGUCAAGUUCGUGUUUGCACACUACCAAAGACAAGACUCAUUUGAUGUUGCUUUGAUCAACCCUGCGUUAGAAAACAUGUCACCACAUCAAGUCCAAGAUCUCCUGAACGAGGCAAGACGGGCGAGCUGGAAGGAGGCUUCCGUAUACCAGAUAUGGCCUGCGUCGUUCAAGGACUCGACGGGGUCGGGCACUGGAGAUCUGAAGGGUGUCAUUUCUAAAGUCGAUUAUCUGAAGAAGCUUGGCAUUGAUGUCGUCUGGUUGUCACCCAUCUUUGAGAGCCCUCAAGUUGACAUGGGCUACGACAUCAGUAAUUACCGCGUGAUUGAUCCGCGGUAUGGUUCUAUUGAGGAUGUAGAUGUGUUGCGGGACAGACUCCACGAACGAGGCAUGAAACUCAUCAUGGAUCUCGUCAUGAACCAUACCAGUGACCAGCAUGAAUGGUUCAAACAGUCACGGAGUUCUCGCAAGAACAAAUAUCGUGAUUGGUACAUCUGGAAGCCUGCCCAUUUUGAUACUCAGGGCAACCGACAGCCACCAAACAAUUGGCAGAGUCACUUCCAAGGGAGCACGUGGGAAUGGGAUGAAUGCACCGGAGAAUAUUAUCUCCACCUCUACGGCAAGGAACAGCCGGACUUGAAUUGGGAGAACCCUGCAGUUCGCAAUGAGGUGCAUGAGACGAUGCGGUUCUGGCUCGACCGCGGGAUUGAUGGAUUUCGUUUCGAUGUCAUCAACUUUGUGAGUAAGGGCACAGAGUUUCCUGACUCAUCCAGCGAUUUCUUCCCGGGGUCUGAGUUUUAUGCCGCUGGGCCUCGACUCCACGAGUACCUGCAGGAGUUGGGAAGCAUUCUCCAAGAGUAUGAUGCCUUCAGCGUAGGUGAGAUGCCAUGCGUGCACGAUACGAAGGAAAUCAUCAAGAGUGUCCAGGAAGACCGAGGCGAGUUCAAUAUGAUUUUCCAUUUUGAAUUGAUGGACAUUGACCACGGGGCAGAGGGCAAGUUCUUCCCUGGCCAAUGGUCUCUACCAGAUCUCAAGAGAACGGUCAACAAGUGGCAGCAAUUCAUGUACCAGAACAAUGGCUGGAACGCCUUGUACAUGGAAAAUCACGACCAGCCACGGGCUGUGAGCCGCUUCGCCAAUGACAGCCCCGAACAUCGCAUUCAGAGUGCCAAAAUGAUUGCAGUCUUUCUCGCAUUACAGGCUGGCACUCCUUUCGUCUACCAGGGGCAGGAGCUCGGCAUGCACAAUAUGCCCGCAGCCUGGCCAAUGGAGGAAUACCAGGACAUCGACUGCUUGAAUCAUUGGAGACUCAAAGGCCAAGAUGCUGACGACGAAACGAGAAAAAUGUUCCGACAGGAAUAUCAGAAAAAGUCUCGCGAUAAUGCGCGCACCCCCGUGCAGUGGGAUUCGAGCAAGCAUGCUGGAUUUACCUCCGCAGAGAAGCCCUGGAUGGCAGUGAACCCCAACUACUCCAUCAUCAAUGCUGCUGCUCAGCUUGAUGACCCCAGCUCGGUCUUCAACUGCUGGCGAUCGGUCCUGGAGACGAGAAAGAGGUAUAAGGACAUUGUGGUGUACGGGCGUUUCGAUCUCGUAGACGAGAAUAAUGAUAAGAUCUUUGCGUACUCACGGACAGCGCCCGAGGGUCGGGUCUUGGUGGUAUGCAAUUUUUCAGCUGAAACGGCUAAAUGGGUCGGGGUCCCAGCUUCUGUUCAAGAGGUAAUUAUGACAACAACUGGCCGAUCUCGAGAGGCACUUCAGGGGGCCCAGGUACAGCUGGAGCCCUUUGAAGCCAUUGCCAUGUUGGUUACAGAGUAG